AUGCGAUAUAGUCAUAACAUGUAAAAUAAAUGAAAUUAAAAAAUUCAUUUUAUAUAAAGAAUAUUAAGAAAAUUUGAAGAACCAAAUAAUUUUCUUACACUUCAUUGUAGUGUAAGUUGUUGGAAUAUGUGUAAUGAAAGUUUAGAAAAUAUAUACCAAAACACAAUGCAAGACAAUGAACAAUAUAAAGAAGUUAAUAUUGAUAAAGAGAAACUUUAUUUUGUGGAAUUAAAUAAUUCUGAAUCCGUUAAUGUAUAUUAUAAUACUAAUAGAAAACAAAAUAUGUCGAUAUUAAAUAGAACAUCUCGCACAGUUCCUAAUAUUUUGAAAAGUAAUUCCAAAUUACAUCAAAUAUUUAAAACAGAUACAGCAAAAUCAAACUGUUUUUUUGAAGGUAUAACAGAUACCAAACAAGUUUUAGUUGUUGCAUCAGAGCAUACUGUGUCUGGAAAUACGUUUGCUAAAGAAAUUAAACAUAAAAAAGUAUCAAGGAGAAGAAAACAAAAACUGAACUAUGUGAACACUUGUAAUGAACCUAAUUGGAAUAUUUUUUCUUUUGUUGACAAGGAGAAAGAAAUGUUAGACAAAAACAUCUGUAUGUCAACAGAAUUAGGAAGUUGUACACAAGAAAAGGAAUUAAAACAUCAUACUAACAAACAGGAUAAAAAACAAAGAAUAUCUGCUCUUAAAAAUGAUCAAGAAAGGUCAUCAAUGUCAGAGCAUACAUUAACAGAUUUUACUUCUGAAUGUCAGAUUUUUUCAUCUUUCGAAGGAAUUGACUCAAAUAAUUUGCAAGAUUCAAUUGAUUUCUCAAGCAAUGAAAUAUUUAAUAAAUUCAACUAUGAAUUUUAUGACAGCAACAAUUUAGAUUGUUGCACAAAAUAUAUAGAGAAUUCUGAUAACACAUAUAAUUCUUUUAGUACAAAAUAUGAUAGUAAUUAUAUAAAAGAAUGUGACAUAAAUGAUAAUAAAAUUGAUACAUCUGAGGCAUUGGCAUAUUGGUCUUUAACAAACAAUGAACAAAGUGAAAUAGAUGUAUCGAUAAAAAGAUCUAUGAUGGCUCCAGAAUAUUGGAAUGCCGAUUUCAGUAAUAAAAAGUCAAAAUGUUCAUCUAAUUCUUGUUGUGAUUAUUGCCUUGAGGAUUGUGUUUCUAAUUGGAUUGCAACUAGUGGAGCUACUAUGUUUAAGAAAGAUAGACUACUAACAGAAACUUUUAAUGAUGAUUCAGAAGUUAAUUUCAACAAUUCAAAUUUACAUACCUUUAAUGGUACAUACUUGAUUGAUAAUGAGGACAGUAGUAGAACAUUUUCACCAAUCAAUGAAAUUGAAAAUUCUUUGCAAAUUACAAAUGAUAUUAAUUCUGCAUUAACCGAAUUUUUAAAUUAUUCAAAUGAAAAAAGUAUCAAAGGAGAAAUAUUUAAAGAAAAAAAAUACACCCAAAUGCAAGAAGAGAACAAUGUACCAGUGAAAAAUUUACGUGUCAAAAAUAAUAAAUCUAAAAGUAUUAAAAAAAGAAAUCAGUAUGUACAUAAUACUUUGCGAAAGUUGUGGUAGACUUUUCAAUCGAAAAUAUCAUUUCAAUAGGCAUUUCAUUCACUGUGGCCGCACGAAAGAACCUUUUAAGUGUGACAUGUGCUUCAGGAAAUAUAGACACAAGUCGUCUCUAGUUCAUCAUCUAAAAGAAGUCCACGAAGUUUGCUAUGCUCGUUCAAAGAAAUUUACUUGUAGUGUGUGCCAAAAAGUUUAUAGUAAAUUUGGUGCUUUUCAAAAUCACGUAAAAUCCCAUAAAAACGCCCAGUAAAUUUAAUAUGCUGAUGAUUCCAAAAAAAUCAAAUAUAUUUAGCUAUAUUAUUGCUAUUUAAGUUUCAUUAAUAUAAUUUAAGUAGAUUAUUGAAAUAUCAUAUUUAAUAUCAUAUAUUUAUAUCAUAUACUUAUUGUUUAUCUUGUGACAUUAUCUUUUCAAAGAUAUUAUUUUUAUUAAGUUUUUGUUAAGUACAAAUUAGAUUCAAUUACAAAAUUUUUAGUAACUUGAUAUAAUAUAAAAAAAAGUUACUCGUUAUAGAUGAAAAUAUAGUAUUUUUUUUAUGUUAAUUAUUUUUAUAUAUUCUAUUUUUGUCAUUAGAUUAAAUCCUGUUUCGUUAUUUACCGUAUUAUAUAAUUUUUAUUUAUAUUGACUAUAAGGAACCACAGUAUUUUAAAUCAAAUAUUUUUGAUAUAUGAUUUAUAUAUAACCAAUAUAUAGAUUGAAAUUAUAGUAUUAUAUAAUUUAAGUUUAACAGAUGCAAUAAAAUAA